GUAGACGCGCGCAGGCUGCGCAUGCGCCUGUCAAUGCCGGGGGUGUCUUCCUGCGAAGAAGCCGGCGCCAUGGCGGUUCUCUUGGAGACCACUCUGGGAGACGUGGUCAUCGAUUUGUACACCGAAGAGCGUCCACGUGCUUGCUUGAAUUUUUUGAAGCUGUGCAAAAUAAAAUAUUACAACUAUUGCCUCAUACACAAUGUACAGAGGGACUUUAUCAUACAAACAGGAGAUCCCACAGGGACUGGCCGUGGGGGAGAGUCUGUAUUUGGACAACUGUAUGGUGAUCAAGCAAGCUUUUUUGAGGCAGAAAAGGUGCCAAGGAUAAAGCACAAGAAGAAAGGCACUGUGUCCAUGGUGAACAAUGGCAGUGAUCAGCAUGGAUCUCAGUUUCUUAUUACUACAGGAGAAAAUUUAGAUUACCUUGAUGGUGUUCAUACAGUGUUUGGCGAAGUGACAGAAGGCAUGGACAUAGUUAAGAAAAUCAAUGAGACCUUUGUGGACAAGGAUUUUGUGCCAUAUCAAGAUAUCAGGAUAAAUCAUACAGUGAUUUUAGAUGAUCCCUUUGAUGACCCUCCUGAUUUACUAAUUCCUGAUCGAUCACCAGAACCUACAAAGGAACAAUUAGAUAGUGGUCGAAUAGGAGCAGAUGAAGAAAUUGAUGACUUCAAAGGAAGAUCAGCUGAAGAAGUAGAAGAAAUAAAGGCAGAAAAAGAGGCUAAAACUCAAGCUAUUCUCUUAGAGAUGGUGGGAGACUUACCUGAUGCAGAUAUUAAGCCUCCAGAAAAUGUGCUGUUUGUGUGUAAAUUGAAUCCAGUGACCACAGAUGAGGACUUGGAGAUAAUAUUCUCAAGAUUUGGGCCAAUAAGAAGUUGUGAAGUUAUCCGGGAUUGGAAAACAGGAGAGUCCCUCUGUUAUGCCUUUAUUGAAUUUGAAAAGGAAGAAGACUGUGAGAAAGCAUUCUUCAAAAUGGAUAAUGUGCUUAUAGAUGACAGGAGGAUACAUGUGGAUUUCAGCCAGUCUGUUGCGAAGGUUAAAUGGAAAGGAAAAGGUGGGAAAUAUACCAAGAGUGAUUUCAAGGAGUAUGAAAAGGAGCAGAGUAAACCAGCCAAUUUGGUUCUGAAAGACAAAGUAAAGCCCAAACAGGAUGCAAAAUAUGAUCUUAUACUAGAUGAGCAGGCAGAAGACUCAAGUCACUCACACACAAGUAAAAAGCACAAAAAGAAAACACGUCACUGCUCUGAAGAAAAAGAAGAUGAAGAUUACCUGCCAGUCAAAAAUCCUAAUCAGGAUAUCUACAGGGAAAUGGGUUUUGGCCAUUAUGAAGAAGAAAGCUGUUGGGAGAAACAGAAGAAUGAAAAGAGAGACCGACGUCAGAACCGCAGUCGUAGCCGAUCUCGAGAAAGGGAUGGUCACUAUAGCAACAGCCACAAACCCAAGUACCAGACAGAUCCUUAUGAGAGGGAAAGGAGCAGAAAAAGGGACCGAAGCAGGAGUCCAAAGAAAUCCAAAGAUAAAGAAAAAUCCAAGUACAGAUGAGCAGAGAUGAGUCUGACCAAAUGUAGCAGGUCUGCUCCGGCCUGACUUGGGGCACACAGACGCACUCAGUUCCUGCCAGUGCAGCCCACUGCGGUUCUAUGUUAGCUUUGUUGCCUUUCAGGUUACGCUGAUGGUGUAGGGCUCUGGAAGAGAGGGUGGCAUUUUGUGUAUACUUUUUUAUACAAAUUUUAUUGUUAUGCAUACAUGGUAACGAUCAUAUUUAACAUCUUUCAUGGUUUCAAUAUUUUAAAAAUGAAUCAUUUCAUGUCACAGAGGUUCAUAAACUUGUAUAUAAAACAUAAAACAGAAAAUGGAAGUGUUUGUGUACCUGACAGCAGUGUAAGAGAUAAGAGUGUCACUCACUGUGAAAGUUUCCUAUGUCCCUUGCAGGAAUUAUUCUGAGUUGUGUUUACCCUGCUGUUAAUUUUGUAUGUUUUUGAAUUUUAUACAAAUGGCACAAUGUAUGUUUUCCUUUCUUUUUUUAAGAGUCCAUUUAUUUUUAUUGUUACAUAGUUGUGGUGAAAGUAAUGCAGUUGAUCUGUUGAUGGACUUUUAGGUUGUUUGUUAGUUUUUACUAUCUAAGGAAUGCCACUGUGAACAUUUCAACUGGGCAUGGCACUCUCUGACCAUGUGGUUUGAGUUUUCUAUGCAUUUAUAGUUAUAGAUGCUGUAAUUUACCUGGUAUGUGCAUUUGUAUGGGGUCAGGGAUGGCCACGAGAGAAUCAGUCUACCAUACAGUUUAGAACACAUUUGCUCCAUUAUUGUACAUAUUUUUGACCACCAAUAGGAAAGGCUUAAUUACAUCAGGAGCUAGCUUCUUUUCUGGGGAGAUGGGUCAGUUGGUAUAGCACCUCUUCACCAGCAUAGGGCUGAGUUCAGAUGCUCACCACAUACCCAGGUGUGCAGUGCACACGAAUAAUCCAGCACUGGGAGACAGGAGCAGGUGAAGCUCCAGGUAGUGAGAAACCUUUUCUCAGUGAGAGUGACUGAGGAAGACACUUGGCACUGAUCUCUUGCCCCCACAUACUACACAAACUCGUUCAUGGAUAAACACACACAUUCGAAUAAACAGCUAUUCUGCAUACAGAGCUGUAGGUGUUGCUCACACAGAUGAAUCUAAAAUGUGUUCUAGAAAAAUGAGCAAAAGAUAAGCUAGAAGCCAUGAGGAGUCACCUGCUGACAGCUGAGAUUCCAUUUAAGAGCUCUGGAGUAUUGAAAUGGGGAAAUUUAUGCACCAAACAUUGCAAAGAAAACAUACCCUUGAUUGCAAAUUAUAAGAAGCUGUUUUAUUUUUCCUAUGUAUUUGACAGUAAUUUUAUAUGCUUAUGGGGGUGUAAUAUGUUUGAUAUAUGUUAAUACUCUCAAACAAGUAAAUCCAUUUAUAAACAUCUAUGCUCACUUUUUUCCUUUCUUUUGGCCAAAGUUUGCUCUCGGGGAUUUUUUGAAAUCUAUUCAUUAUUAUUAAUUGUAGCUUGCACUCCCUGCAAAUAUUUUCCAGACAUUCCUUCUUUUCAUUUAGUAAAAUCAUAUACUCUUUGACCCAGAUCUCCUUUAUUCUUCACUGUGCCCUAGGGCAGUGCUUCUCAAUCUUCCUAAUGCUGCUACCCUUCAGUUCCUCUUGUGGUAACCCCUAACCAUAAAAAUUAUUUCAUUGCUUCUUCAUAACUGUAAUCUUGGUGCUAUUAUGAAUUAUAAAUAUUUAUGUUUUCCAGUAGUCUUAGGCAACCCCUGUGAAGCGGUCAUUUGGCCCCCAAAGGGGUUGCGACCCACAGGUUGAGAACCACUGCCCUGGAGUCUGAAGUUAUUUCAUUCUUGAGUUUGACUUUUGUAGACUCCAAUAAAAAUGAGGUCACAUAGAA